AUGGCCGUUUGGGGCGAGUGCAGGAGCUGCUUAGCGCCGGGCCUGCUGAAACACCAACUGGCCAUCGUCACCGGAGGGGCCACGGGUAUCGGAAAGGCCAUCGCCACGGAGCUGCUGCACCUGGGGUGUAAUGUGGUCAUUGCAUCUCGUAACUUUGAUAGAUUAAAAUCUGUUGCAACAGAACUCAAGGCCAGCCUGCCCUCCAACAACCAGGCUCAGGUUACUCCCAUAAAAUGCAACAUCCGCAAGGAAGAGGAGGUGGAGAAUUUGGUCAAAUCUACCUUAGAUGUUUACGGUAAGAUCAAUUUUUUGGUAAACAAUGGAGGAGGCCAGUUCACGUCUCCUGCAGAAAACAUCAGUGCAAAGGGAUGGCAUGCUGUGAUUGAGACCAAUCUGACGGGCACCUUCUACAUGUGCAAAGCAGUUUACAACUCCUGGAUGAAAGAGCACGGAGGAUCUAUUGUCAAUAUUAUUAUCCUUACUAGAAACGGAUUUCCAGGAUUUGUGCAUUCUGGAGCCGCUAGAGCAGGGGUUUACAACCUCACCAAGUCCUUGGCUGUGGAAUGGGCUAGCAGUGGAGUAAGGAUCAACUGUGUUGCCCCUGGAGUCAUUUAUUCCCCGACUGCUGUUGAAAACUAUGGUCCGUUGGGAAAAAACUUAUUUGAAGGGUUCUUUAAGAGAAUCCCAGCUAAGCGAAUUGGAGUUCCUGAGGAGGUAAUGUAUAUUUCUAACAUUGAUUCCAAUUGCUUUCUUUUAUACUUUGUAAUACGGUGACAUCUGGUGUCCUUUUUACACAAUCUGAUAGAUGAUAGAGGCUGACAGAGAUGAGUGGUCCUAUUACCACCAGCCCAUUUCCUCUACACUUUCUGGCUCUGUGCCUUACACACUCACAGCUCUCUUUAUCCAGAACUGAAUGCAGUGUGAAUGAAGAACAGCCUGGUUUUAUGUCAUUGCACUUUUCAGCUAUGUUAUUUUAUCACAUGGCCUUUGUUGGUAUUCGGGACCCUAAGCCAAGUCAGGUGAAGUUCCGUACUUCACCUCCAGAACUAUGUGAAGUUCCAUACUUGGUUUCUGGAAGGUGACCAGAUUUAAGUAUAUAGAAAUCAGUAGCUUUCUUAAAGGCCAGCAGUAUCAGUCUUAAAAUACAAUGGAAAAAGGAUAUUGUUUCUAUAAUAAUAA